AUGGCUGGCGAAACUCAGGACACUGACAUGUUGGAACUCGAAUCCUUGCAGUUGGACAUCAAAACACUAAGGCAAGAUCGAGAAGAGGACAGGAAGGAGUUAUAUCACUUUACAGAGUCAGUCAAUAAGAAUUUUGCCAGCAUCCAGAGAAACUUCAAGAAAAUACAGAGUACUUUGCAGAAGUUGGCCACAGAGCAGUCGGGAGAAGAAGAAGAUGAGGAUGAUGAAAGACCAGAUCCUCUUUCUGGACAUGGAAGCACUGCUAUUCCCCCAGGAAGGCCGAAACAACUACCAAACAACCAACUAGCCACUGACAAACAGGACCCAGCUACGGGUGGAUCUGCUAUGUUGGUUGACAAAACUACAGGCAGAGAACUGAACUUGGAUGGCACUCCAAAAGGACCUUAUAGGCACCCAAAUCAUGCUGCCAACAAGCAGGAAUUUCACACGCCGCAACAACAGCAAGUUCAGGGAGUGCAACACUUAAGGACAGUAGAGGAAUUUCCUGAAGCAGAGGUCAGAAGGGACAGACACAGACCUUAUACUCCUGAAAUCAGAAGAAAUAUCCUUUCUGUCAAGCCUACAAAGUUAAACAUUGCUGAAUUUGAAGGGUUGGAUGCAGAUUCAUGGAUACAAAAUAUAGAACAGUACUUCUCUACAUCUAGAACAUCAAUUGAGCAAAGAACUGAAAUAGCAGUUUCCUAUCUGAAGGGAGAAGCUAUCCAAUGGUGGAGAGGCACUGGGUUUAUUGUCAGUAAUACCCCUUGGCAGAAAUUCUGCUCUGCAAUCACACAAAGGUUUGCUGUUACAUCUGUGUGUGAAAAUGUGAAGGCCUUCCACAAGUUAACUCAACAUGCUACUGUUGCUCAAUACAUUUCUGAAUUUGAACAACAAAUGAAUCUGAUGAGGAGGGACAACUCCGCAGUUCCUGACAACUAUUACUUGCACAGUUUCAUAUCAGGGCUAAACCCCUAUAUUCAAAGCCAUCUAGAGUGUUUAGAACGUACUGAUAUGCAGAAAGCUAUGUGGCUAGCAAGAAGGAUUGAGAAAUCCUGCCCUCCUUCCACUUCUCAGAAGACAUAUGUUCCAAAUUUCAGAAGAGGAACACAAGGAGAAAUCCCAAAACCUCCAAUGGCCACCAGUACAGCUCCUGCUUCUGUGAUACAACAAGCAAGGGAGAAGGGCAUUUGCUAUAAAUGCGGAGAACCUUGGUUCCCUUGUCACAAGCCGGUUUGCAAGAUGUCCCAAAAAUCUCAGAUUCAGGCCCUGCAAGAACAAGCUGGCAAUCCUGAUAUCAUAUACAUAGUUGAUGCAGAAGAGGUACAAUCUGAUGUGGAAGAGGAGCCUCCUGACAGCACAGAACUCAAAAUCUCCAUGCAUGCAGCCACUGGCAUACCUGAAGAAAAGAAGAAACAUACUUUCACACUGCAAGUCAAAAUUGGAAACAUUGUAGGCCUGGCCUUAGUAGACAGUGGAAGCACUACUACUUUUAUUUCCCCUGCCCUUGCUGCACAAUCUGGGUGUUCUGCUACUCCAGUGAAACAAGUUCAAGUGAAUGUAGCAAAUGGGGGAAAAUUAUAUAGUGAUUUCUCCCUCCACAACAUUUCCUACAACAUUCAAGGAGUUGAACUGGUGUCUGAUUUCAGGUUCUUGCAACUCACUGGAUAUGACAUAAUUCUUGGAGCAGACUGGAUGUACAGACACAGUCCUGUUACCUUUGAUUUACCAAACAUGUCAUUGGGAAUUAAACAAGUCACUGGUGAAUCAAUCACUUUCUUGGAUGAGAGUCUGCCCACCAGUCCUUGCACUCCCAUCUUACAAGAUAUGGAGAAAAUACUGGAUAAUAUGCUUUCUAGAGCACUCAUGUGGAUGCAACCAGUGCAACUUGACACACUUUUGGAGACUGUGCAAAAACCUGAAAUUACCAAAGUGCUUGAAAACUACAAGGAUGUCUUUGAAGAGCCUACUGGCCUACCUCCAAAAAGAGAUUGUGACCAUGCAAUCAACUUAGAGCCUGGAGCUCCUGUUAUUAAUCAAAGAGGAUAUAGAUUGCCAGAUCAUCAGAAAAAUGCUUUAGAAGAAAUUAUCAAAGAUCUCCUAAAGAAAGGGAUUAUAAGAUUAAGCCAUAGUCCUUAUUCCUCUCCUACAAUUCUGGUAAAGAAAAAGGGCAUGGAUUGGAGGUUAUGCAUUGAUUAUAGAAAACUCAAUUCCCACACAAUCAAAAACAAAUAUCCCAUACCAAUGAUAGAAGAUCUCCUAGAUGAAUUAAAUGGAGCAAAAAUAUUUACCAAGCUGGAUCUGAGAAGUGGCUAUCAUCAAAUCAGAAUGAAAGAGGAAGAUAUUGGAAAAACUGCUUUUAGCACACACAUUGGACUGUUUGAGUUCCUGGUCAUGCCCUUUGGAGUAACAAAUGGACCCCCUUCAUUUACAGAGCUCAUGCAGACUGUUUUGGGCCCCUUGUUGAGAGAUUGUGUGCUAGUUUUCUUUGAUGAUAUUCUGAUCUUCAGUAAAUCAUAUAAGGAACACUUGGAACAUGUAGCAUUAGUGAUGGAAGCACUCAGGAAACAUCAGCUGUAUGCAAAGCUUUCUAAGUGCAUAUUUGCACAAUCUUAA